CCCACUUUGCGCUGACCCCACGUCAAAAUGGAGGACCAGACUGCCAACAAUGCGCCCAAUGGCCAACUGCGCCAGCCCAAGAAGAGAUUCGUUGGCAGACGAACGGCAGAUGCUCAAGCCCAGAAAGACACUUCGAGUCAAAAAGAUGUCGAGUCCACUAGUGUUCAAAAAGCUGCACCGCGACGAACGCCCAGAACCUUGAACCAAGUCCCGCCUGAAAUCCUCGAAGACCCCGAAAUCCAAGCCGCCAUCGAACUUCUCCCCAAGAACUACUCCUUCGAAAUCCCUAAGACCAUCCACCGCAUCCGCUCAUCAGGCGCCACGCGAGUCGCCCUCCAGUUCCCCGAAGGCCUCCUCAUCUUCGCGACCACCAUCUCCGACAUUCUCACGCAAUUCUGCCCAGGCAUCGAGACCCUCAUCAUGGGCGACGUCACCUACGGCGCCUGCUGCAUUGACGACUACACGGCGCGCGCCCUCGGCUGCGACCUCCUCGUCCACUACGCCCACAGCUGCCUGAUCCCCGUCGACGUGACGAAGAUCAAGACGCUGUACAUCUUCGUCGACAUCAGCAUCGACACGGGGCACCUGAUCGCGACGCUCGAGCGCAACUUCCCCCGCGGCAAGACGAUCGCCACGGUCGGCACGAUCCAGUUCAACGCCACGCUGCACGGCCUCAAGCCCGUCCUCGAGCGUGCCGACUUCAAAGUCGUCAUCCCGCAGAUCACCCCGCUCUCCAAAGGCGAAAUCCUCGGCUGCACCUCCCCCCAGCUUGACGCCGCCAUCGACAUCCUCCUCUACCUCGGCGACGGCCGCUUCCACCUCGAAUCCGCCAUGAUCCACAACCCCACUAUCCCUGCGUACCGCUACGACCCGUACUCGCGCACCCUGUCGCGCGAAACCUACUACCACGACGAAAUGCACACCCUCCGCCGCGACGCCAUCGGCACCGCCAAGUCCGCGAAGAAAUGGGGCCUCAUCCUCGGCUCGCUCGGCCGACAGGGGAACCCGAAUACCAUGGCCAUGAUUGAGAACGAGCUGAACGCGCGGGGCAUCCCCUUCGUCAACUUGCUGCUGAGCGAGAUUUUCCCCGGCAAGUUGGCCUCCAUGGCGGACGUCGAAUGCUGGGUGCAGAUCGCCUGUCCGCGACUGAGUAUCGAUUGGGGGUAUGCGUUCCCGCGACCAUUGCUGACGCCGUACGAGGCGCUGAUUGCGCUGGGCGUGAAGGAGAGCUGGGAGACUUCCAAUAAGGGCAUCUACCCGAUGGACUUCUAUGCGAAGGAGGGGCUGGGGAGGACGAAACCCAGCCAGGCGAUCCCGGGAACUGCAUAGGCGUUUCGAGAGUCUCGGAUUGGACGUGGGGAAUAAAAGUUUUAUGAAUCAAUUAGACGUAUAUAUUUGGUUUUCUAGCGAGGGCGGCAGCUUUCCCUUUCUGUUUUUGUUCUCACCCCUUGCUGCUUUUUGCUCACUGGGUAGAUGUAAAUGAUAACCCAGAUGGUAAAAGCCCAGCAGAGUACAAAUAUUAUUAUUUUUAUACUGAU